AUGCACUGCGAGGGCCUCAGGAUCCCAGCAGCCUCGAGGCCCCAGGCUGGCCGGCGGUUAGGAGCAGGAAGGGUAGCGGCGCCGACUCUCGGGGCUGUCCUCGCCCGGCUCUCUCUGGCGUGUGCCGGCCGGACCUUCACCUCUUGGCCCGAAAAGCGGCCGAAGCAGCCGUGCGGCCACAUCGCUGUGGCCUGUUAUUUCAGAGUCCUGUUUAGAAAAAAAAAUAUCGAAAAUAUACCCAUUGACGUGAUGACAGAUGAAGACAUGAACCGGGAGAAAAGCAACACAAAAGCAAGGCUUCGGAAAUACGAGGAACAGGAGUAUGGAGACGACACAUCAUCAGAGACUCAACCAGCUAAAGCAGCAGCAAAGGAAACCUUAGAAUAUAAAACACUUGAAACGUUUUCUGGAGCCUUGAAAGAGACAGAGACAGAGGAACCGGAGGAUGAUGAUGUGACAAGACAUAUUACAAGGCUACGAGAAAAGUUUGGCUGGCAAACAGUGUUACCGCAGCGCUGUUUGGAGUACAAAAGUUCCAAACUUGCAGUUCAGAAGAUUAUUCUAAAGGAACCUUUAAAAGAUGAUGGAGAAUUUGUAUAUUGCCUUUCUCGGAAAAAUCGUAAAGGUGUCUAUAAUCCGUAUGACCUCCAGGUGGUCUCUGCUCACAGAGCUAGACAUGGCAAAGAAUUCUGGAUUAUUACAGCAUCAUCUGUCUCCAAGGUUACUAACGUAGGUGGCGUAGAAGAAGUAGAAUCUGUACCGACUGUGGAAUGGCUUUUGGAAAGAACGUGUUACCAUUUAUUGCAGCAGUUCAGGAUAUUUUCCAAGUUUCGGUGAGAUGAAAGAAAACACAGCCAGUUAUUUGCAGUACGGUCCUGUUGAAACAGGAACCGCUCGGCUGACACGUGGGUUCUGCCGCCCGGUGCCAUCUUUGUGGGGAGUUACAGAGGAAACGGGGUACUCCAUAGGGGCGUUUUAGGCUAGAUGCAGGUGCAGGAAGAUCCUGAACUUACUACCUCCCACAGACACAACACACCUACACGUGGAAUAAUUUCCUCUGGAAAAGUCCUGGAAACAGAGGACAGAGGCCGCAUGGAGACGGGUAGAAGAGACAGAGACAUGGUCUCACCAAACAGCCUACCCCCAGUGCGGCAGCCACAAUCAGGAGAGAUCUCAAAAAUGUGGGGACUCUCCCUGAGGAGUAGGGAAUGUUUCACACAUCAGGCACCUCAGUUGUUGGGUUCUGCACCGGAGAGAUGAGCUGCCAAAAUGUAAAACAAUGGGGAUUGUGUCCAGGAAAACCAUAAAACUGGGGAACAGAGAACCUGCCCGUAAAGGGUUUGCACGCACACUCAACUCACCCUGGGACCCAGAACAAAAGCUGCACUUUGAGAAGCAUCUAGGCCAUACCGAAAGGAGACUGACCCCCUUAUUCCUGAAGUGAAUGCCAGAGAAGCAGGAUCUUUCUGGGACAGGUGUCAUUUUGCAAUCUUGUCGUACUUUGCUAAUGCCAGUGUUGGCAUUAGCCAUUUUGGCAAUCUUCCUGUAACUUGGGCAUGCCCCAUCACUCCAUGCCACAGCUGCACCACAGCCAGCUGGGCAGGCAUCCUGUCCUCCCCUGGCCAUAACUGCACCCACCUUGCCAGAUGAGUGCCAUGCCUCUCAGUGCCACAGCCCCGGCCUCCCCACAGCCAGCAGGUGCGAGUAGCCCACACUCGGGACUACCCUGGAGUACCUGGCACUGGUGGCCAGAUGGGAUUGUGCUUCUCGGUCUCAGGGGUCAUCUACACAAGGCCACUUCUUCAAGACUGGGAGAGGUAGCUGUUUUGCCUCAUAUAUAGAAAAAAAAAAACACAGAAAAUCAGGCAAGAUGAGACAGAGGAAUUCUCUUCCAAAUGAAAGAACAAGACAAAACCUCAGAAAAAGACCUUAAUGAAAUGGUAACGUCAGUAAAUUACCUGAUGGAGAGUUCAAAGCAGUGGUCAUAAAGAUGCCUCCCGAGCUUGGGAGAAGAAUGGAUGAGCACAGUGAGAACUGCAACAGAGAGAUGGAAAACAUGAGAGACUACCAAAUGGAAGUCGGAGAGCUGAAGCAGAACAGAUAACUGAAGUAUACACUAAAGGGGUUCACCAGCAGACUGGGUGAAUCAGAAGAGGUCAGAGAGUGAACCAGAGGACAAAGCAAUGGGACUCACCCAGACAGAGCAGCAAAAACGAGAGAGAUUUUUUAAAAAAUGAAGACAACUUAGGUGACCCAUGGGACAAUUUCAAGCAAAGUAACAUUCACAUUAUAGGAGCCGCAGAAGGAGAGAAAAGGGGGCAGAAAAACUUAUAUGAAGAAAUAAUGGCUGAAAAUUUCCUUAAUCUGGCAGAGGAAACAGACCUCCACAUCCAGGAAUCCCAGAGAGUGCCAAAUAAGAAUCCAAAGGGUUUCACCCCAAGAUAUAAUUAAAAUGUCAAAAGUUAAAGGUAGAGAAUCUUAAAAGCAGCAAGAGAGAAACAACUUGUUUACACACAAGGUAAAUCCAGGAGGCUAUCAGCAGGUUUCUUAGCAGAAACUUUGCAAGGCAGAAGGGAGCGGCAGGACAUACUCAAAGUACAAAAAAAUUGCAACCGAUAAUACUGUACCCGGCCACUCAGAAUUGAAGGAGACAGAGAAUUUUCAUAUAACAAAAGCUAAAGGACAUCAUUACCACUCAACCAGCCUUGCAAGAAGUUCUAAAGGGACUUCUUUAAGCUAAGAAGAAAUGGCAAGAAAUUAAUGACAAGAAAACAUAUGAAAGUGAAAAUCUCAGUGGAAAAGGUAAAUAUAUAGUGAAGGUAGUAAAUCAUUUAUAAAACUAAUCAAAUUCAAAAGACCAACAUAGUAAAAUUAACUAAAACUACAAUAAUUAGUUAAGGAAUACAUAAAAAGUUGUAAAAUGUGACAAAAAACCUAAAACAUUAACAGAGGGGGAUGAAAAUGUAGAAUUUUGGAAUAUAUUCACAUUUAAGUUGCUAUGAACUUAAGACACAUCAUUGUAUAUGUAUGAUGUUGUAUCUGAACCUCAUGAUAACCACAAAAACUUUCAAUGAAUACACAAAAUGAGAAAGGAAUCUCAACACUAAAGAAAGUUAUCAGACAUCAGGGGAAGAGAGAAGGGAAGAAUAAAAGAACAGAAACUAUAAAAACAGCUAGAAAACAAUAACAAAGGGCAGUAAGUACAUACCUAUUAAAAUUAAAUGUAAAUGAACUAAAUUCCCCAAUCAAAGGAUGUAGAAUGACUGAAUGGGCUUCUAAAAAAAA